CUGAGCGGAGGAUGCGGGGCUUCAGCCCUCAGCCGGUUUGAUCGUCAGCCAACUUCGCUGUGCGGUCGGUAUCACAAUGGCGGAAGGCGCGAAGAUGGGCACUGUGACAUCGUUGGACUCUCUGUUCACUUCUGAAGAAGCGGAGAAGGCGGCGCGGCGGGGGGAGGAGGCCAUAGAGGACCGCCGGAAAGAGCUAUGCCGCCUUCGCGAAUUCAUCUCUGACAACUCCGCCUUGAUCCACCAAGUCCAGAAGCUCCCCGACGAGCUAUCCCACGACAUCAUGGUGCCGUUCGGCGGCGCUGCCUUCUUUCCUGGUCGUUUGAUCCACACUAAUGAGUUCUUGGUAUUAUUGGGCGAGAGCUACUAUGCAGAGAGGACUGCGAAGCAAACGGUGGAGAUCCUUCAGCGGAGGGGGAAGUCUCUGGAGGGGCACGUUGAGUCGUUGAACAAGAUAAUGAAGGAUCUUGAAGCCGAGGCAAAGUUUUUUGAUUCAACUGCUGCUGAAGUUGCUGAAGGUUUAGUGGAAAUAAGAGAAGAGUAUGUUGAGGAAACUCAAAGUGAGGAACCUAAAACAGGUCUUUCAAACACAAGUUUUGUGAGCUCUUCAAAAGCACAUAAUUCUUUAGUUCCUGAUGAAGAAGAUGAAGAUGCUAAAUUAAUGGCAAGGCUGGAUGAGCUUGAGAAAGAAGAGGAAGAAGCUGUGAGUGAUUUGGAUGAUGAUGAGGAUGAUGAAACAGCUAGUUCUUCAGAUGACCAUGAGGUUGAAGAUGAUGAAAAUGCAAGUUAUUUGAAGGUUGAUGAAGACGAGGAUGAUGAGGAAGAGGAUGAUGAUGAUGAAGAUGAAGAUGAUGAAAACACAAAUUAUUUGAAGGUUGUUGAAGAUGAGGAUGAAGAGGAAGAGAAUGAUGAAGACGAAGAUGUGAAUAACAAUGCUGAAAACAUUUCUGAAACUGAUGCUGAGGGUCUAGUGUCAAAGCCAACGGGCCCAGGAACAUUUUUCCCAACAUCUAUGCAACACGACGCAAUAGGCUUGCUACAGCAUCCUGCUGAUCAAUCUUUUGUAUCAAGCCCAAAAAUGCAAGUUGCACCUGAAGGUCCAUUGAAACGUAUUGUCGAGCAACCUCACGCGACACAACACCCCUCGCUGCCUCCUGAAACGCGAGAAAUCCUUCAGAAGUCCCCUGCUUCUAACAUUCAGGCUUUUACAGGCACAGUUAUUGAACAUAGUUAUGGCCUUUUGCCACCAAAACCCUCCUCUAACGAUUCAACUGCUGUUCAGCAGCCAUCACGGCCGGUCUCCAGGUUCAAGAUGCAGAAAGGUAACCGUUGA